AUGAGGCCCAUUCUUCUUUCGGGCCACGAGCGUGCCCUCACCCAGAUCAAGUACAACCGCGACGGCGAUUUGCUCUUCUCAGUUUCCAAGGACCAGCAGAUUUGCGUUUGGUUCGCGCACAACGGCGAGCGUCUCGGUACAUACCACGGCCACCAGGGUGCCAUCUGGACCAUCGACGUCGACCCCACAUCCACCAUCCUCGCCUCCGGUUCUGCCGACAACACCAUCCGCCUCUGGGAGAUCAAGACCGGCAGACUUCUCAAGACAUGGGACUUCCCUACCGCCGUCAAGCGCGUUGAGUUCAGCGAGGAUGGCAGCAAGCUUUUGGGUGUGACGGAGAAGCGCAUGGGUCACCUGGGUACCAUCGUCGUCCUCGACAUCAAGCUCGACGUUGACGCCGAGCAGAGCGAUGAGAAGGCCAUGACUAUCGUUUGCGAGGAUAGCAAGGCCACCGUCGCCGGCUGGAGUUACCUCAGCAAGUACAUCAUUGCCGGCCACGAGGACGGUUCCGUCUCCCAGUUCGACGGCAAGAACGGCGACCUCCUCUACAACAUCCCCAUCCACGAGCUCAACCAGCCCAUCACCGAUCUCCAGUGGUCGCACGACCGCACAUACUUCAUCACCGCCUCCAAGGACAAGACCUCCAAGCUCAUCACAGCCAAGGACCUCGAGGUCCUCAAGACCUACCCCGCCGACACUCCUCUUAACAGCGCUACCAUCACUCGCAAGAAGGACUUUGUCAUCCUCGGUGGUGGUCAAGCCGCCAUGGAUGUCACCACCACCUCUGCGCGCCAGGGUAAAUUCGAGGCGCGUUUCUACCACAAGAUCUUCGAGAGCGAGAUUGGUCGCGUGCGCGGUCACUUCGGUCCCCUCAACACGGUCGCCGCCGACCCGACCGGCAAGAGCUACGCCAGCGGUGGUGAGGACGGUUACGUCCGUAUUCACCACUUCGACAAGGGUUACUACGACUUUAUGUACGAGGUCGAGAGGGAGAGGCAAAACAAGCUCAACCAGCAACAACAGCAGCAGACCAUUUCUGCUUAA